CUCGCCACGGUUAAACGUUAAAAUGGUCUAAAUUUGCCGAUAAACGACCUUUAAUAAUAAAUACGAAAACAGCGAAGUAUUUAAUUGAUCAAUUAGGUACUGAUAAGCUCAAUUAAAUUUUUGCACAAAAAAAAAAAAAUCAAAAAUACAAACACUAACAAUACUUUUCAAAAGUGAUAACGAAUUUUUAAGUGACUGUGAAAUAAAAACACGGAAGCUAUUUGAAAGUGUUACGUUCUGUUCAGUUUAGUGAAUUUAAGAAAAAUGUCUAGCGCACAAGUGUCUCAGCCGCCAACACUGCAGCAGCAGCAACAUCAACAGCAACAGCAAAUUUCGCAUUUCCUAAAUCACAUUGCAGCCGCACAACAGCAACAGCAUCACCAACAGCAAAGCUCGUCGCCACAACGCAGUGAUUACCAAAACGAUAAUAACACUAGUUCCACUUUGUCGCCUCGAUCACCUACCCAUUCCAGUCCUAUACGUUCACCUCACUCACCACGCUCGGCCACGAAUUCGCCACCAAGUCCCCAACCCGAAAGCAAUCAUCCCGUCUUGCACCUGCCACCCACUUCCAACGCAGGCUUGCCGCUAAUAGUGGCUCCUAUACCCGCUUUGCCACACCUUGCCUCUAUGGCGCCCACUUCCGUGUCCAACAGUUUGCGUGAUCAGCGCAUCUUUCCACCGUCAGUCACACAAGCACCGCCACCACCACCAACCAUUGCAGCGCCACGUUUAUACGAUGCAUUCGCGCCGAAUGCGUUACCCGUCGGCCAUCCCGCCUUGGCAAAUGGCUGCUAUCCCAUGCCUCGCCUGCCGCUGAGUAACGUCAUGUUAGCGCAGCAAAACGCAUCCACUUCACCUCCAGUAGCUACCGCGACCGCUCAAAGUCAACCGAAGAAAUCUUUUUGUAUCGAUGCGUUGUUGGCGAAAAAUCAGAACAACGACGAUGUACUGGAAAAUACUGCUUUGAAACCGUUGACGGACGAUCGGAUAGCUGCAUUUCAUUAUGCGCGCGAUAAUACAGAACUGAAUCAAGCCAUUGCCGCCGGCAUUAGUGAACAGGAGGCCCUACAACGGAUAAGAGACUCCCGCGAGUAUGGCACACCAAGCCCCGAUGGCAUGUCGAGAUCAGAAUCUCCCACAUCUUCGCAUCGAUCCAGUCCGCCCAUUAGUCCAGGUUGUGAAGAUCAACACCAUAUAGGCAUUCCAAUGGACUUUCACGAUGAAUUUAAAAAACCUAUCCCUCCACACAGUCCCAUCAGACCGCAAGACUUUCCGCUUUAUACCGGCGGCCAUCCGUACCAAUUGUUGGCACAAGGAGGGUCUGCGUUUCAUCGUCCAUUGGAUCCAACAGGCAAACCUAUUCCUCUUUACUUCUGUCCCUCUUUGCAGCUAUCCAUGGGCCACACUUUCAUGCCAUCUCACCUUCAAUUCGAAUUUUUGGCUCGUGCCGGUAUGCUUCACCAUCGUAUACCCGAACUGGCAGCCUAUCCACACCAUGCCAUUCUGGGUAAAACACGCCGGCCACGUACGGCAUUCACUUCCCAACAGCUACUCGAACUCGAAAAACAAUUCAAACAAAACAAAUAUUUAUCCCGCCCUAAACGUUUCGAAGUGGCCAGUGGCCUGAUGCUUUCCGAAACGCAGGUGAAAAUCUGGUUUCAGAACAGGCGUAUGAAGUGGAAACGUUCGAAGAAGGCGCAACAGGAGGCAAAGGAACGUGCCAAACAACAACAGCAACAGCAACAACAGAGUACAAACAACACCAGUUAGUUGCAGACCGACGAGGUAAUUUUACGAAAUGGGACACACGAAUUGACUCAUUAUCCCAAAUAUUCAUCCAACGGAUCAAACGUUCGCACUGCCACCAACAACAGCCCCAACAGCUAUGGCAAUAAUUAUAAUUCUAGUCAAACACUUACGACGGACAACGAACUUGGAGCAUAGCAUUGUAUCCAGAUGAUUUGCUGCCUCCUACUCGUAUGUUGGUGGGUAAAUGCUGACGGGCGUUUGCUGAGGAAGCUACGCUUGAUGCCGCUGCUUCUGGCGCCAAUUGCACUUUUCGUACGUGCAUUGGCACUAGGCGUUGCCUUUUUGUUUGCUUUGUAAUUAGUUCAAUUGCGUUAAGAUGCGUCCAUGUGAAACUACAGGAAUUUGAAACUACAACAAGUAGAUAUGUAUGUGUACAUGGAAUGGGUAUUGAUUUCUGCUCAAAAUUCAACGUUUGGGGGAGCAAAAGUGGCGAAGAAAUUAUUCAAAGGGUACGUGUAGAGGAUUUUAUUGAUUUCUAGGGAAGUUCUAAGCAGACACUUCAAUGAUUCCAUUAACAACAAAUUGCAUUGUGUGAUACGACAAAUUAUAGUAUUUAUUGAGAAGAGUUGUAUUAUGUAAAUAAGUAGAUGUAUAUUGUAUUGUAAUUGUAAUUAUGUACAUGUAGAAAAUUUUACUAAAAACUGAAAUACAUAAUUUACAAACUAAU